CGCAUGCUCUUAUAAUUUCUGACUGUUCCAUGUUAGCCUAAAAAAAGAAUUAAGAAUAUUUUAUUGCAUGCUGUUUUAAAGAAUUUAUUAUGAAAUUAAUAGGUACACUGCGGCCAGAAUAUUUGGAUAGAUAAAAUAACAUAUGAUAAUGCCGUGUUUAAUGCACGUUCGGACGGGAUGUUCGUAAAGAACAUGGCUCUCGCUAUUUUUGGAGAUAGAGAGCUGAAAAGAUCGAGCGUAACAGGUGCAGCAUGUAACCGUACCAAGAGUACUCCGAAACCCUCGCUGAAUCCCACGAAGGCGCUUGCUGUUCGCGAUAUAUUCAGAUACUUCUUAGAAUCAUAUCGUCGCUAUGACAAACAGAAAGUUGAAGAAUUGGUUGGGGAUUACCAAACAUUUAUAAGGCAAAAAUCUCUGACAUGAACAGAGUCGUAAGGCAACACGUCGUGAAGACAA